AUUUGCAGCAGUGUCCCAUAUUUUCUACAAUAUUUACUGUACAGGAUACAUGUGCAGUAGCCAUUGCAUUUCUGUAGUCUCUGUAUAUGUCUAGUGUACUUUUACUAUGUGUUUCCUUUUCCAUGUAACGGGUGCCGUAAUGCAGACUCUGUGACAAAAGUCUGUCUGCAAAACCAGCAAUCCCCUAUAACACAUUGUUAAACUGCAUGAACUAAAGCAAGACAGAUGCAGAGCAGCCAGUGCAAAUAAGUGUGUUACAGAAAAAGUAAAUAAUUGGACAGAAUAAGAAAUGAAACAGCUAUGCAGCGUGAAGGUCACAUUUCAGUGUUGUAAUGCUGAUCUAAUUUGCCUCCUCCCCCUUUAACACUAAUAAUCCCACCUCUCUGGUGCUUAGCCUAGCAGGGUCCCUUGUCUGUGUGGAGGUACAGAGGAUGAAUAGAUGCAUGUGUGCUCCCAUUCAGUGACUAGCAAGUGCUACCUAUCUUUCCUUUCUCUGUCACCCCUUGCCACCCCCCCCCCCUUCACCGUUUCCCUCUCCUCUCCCUCCUUUCUUUCCUUCUCUCUGCUUACAGUUUUGCAAUAGGAUGAGCAGGCUUUCCGAUUUGUAAAGCAGGCACAUUGGUGGGCUGUGCACAUCGCUUGUGAUUCAUAAAACCAUGAAUGAUCCAGAGGCGAGCAGCCAGCGAGAUGUUCAUGUGCAGAAUGAUGCUGUUUUGUUUUGCAAUGCCCUCCAGGAGAUGCUGGAUUAACUGAUGCACUUGGCGGGUAUAUGGAGGUUCCUCUCCUCCAGCACUGCUCUCCAUUUUUGAGAAGGAAAAGCCAGGCUCCAGCAGGAGGAGGAUCAUGCCUCGGACAAAACAGAUCCACCCCAAAAACCUAAGAGAUAAAAUAGAAGAAGCACAAAAAAAACUGAAUUCUCCAGAAGAAACCCAAAAAGAUAUUGUUGAAGCUGGUUCCAGAGCUUGCUUGGACAUAGUUAAAGGUGUCAAAAGAAAAAAAAUUGUGACAGAAAAUCAUCUGAAGAAAAUACCAAAGUCGCCAUUGAGGAAUGCUGGUAAAGAGAAGCAGAAACCUGAAAUAGAGGCAUUUCUUUCUCCUAGUUGUGAUCAUUCAGCAUCUGGUGGCUGCAAAGAUAAGCAUUGUUUACUUGACCAGCUCCGUAAGCAAGACAUCAAAGAAAGCAAAGUUGGGGCGCUGACUGUGAAGCCUUUGAAACCAGCGGCAUUGAUGCAGGCUAAAAAGCUUUCUGUUCCUCCAGACUUAUGCAAUGGGAGAAGAGAAGACAAUGAUAUGGAUAGCAAACAGACCUUAUCAAGGCAAAAUAUUUCUUCCAGCUUAAGCAACACAAAAAGUGCAAAUAUAAAUUUAGAGAAUAAGAAUAAUCCGUGUUCAUCUGCAAAUUCUGCUUUUGAUGUAUUACUGAGAGCUAUGGAGCCAGAACUCAGCAAUUUAAAUCAGUCAUGGCCUCCUUGUGGUACACGAACUGAGAAACAAGGCCAUAAGGUGGCACCUGAAACUACUGCUUUAAAUCCAUCUGUUUCACAAAGUGAAUUUAGUGCAAGAUAUAUCUAUUAUCAUCAAGGUGAUCAGAGCAGCCAGACAAGCCAGUCAGUUAAGGGUUCUACUAAAAUACAUGAAAAAUGCAAUGCUGACACUGGGCUACAAAAUAUGCACUCUUCUGGUUUUUCUAGCUCUGUGGAACCUACCAAAAAUCAACAAGUUUACCAUGUAGCAUUAAACUCUUCAAUAGCAGACCCAUCGUCUUCUUUAACUCAGGUCCUUUCUCUGCAGGGGGAUUCCUCUUCCCCAGCUAAUAACUCAAAAGUAUCUGUUAACUCCCCUUAUAGUUUAGCUCAAGUAGCUUCACUUAUAAGUGGAGAACAAGUGUGCAAUAUUGUGUUAAAAGAUCAAAAGCCUAAAAAACAAGGCAAAUACAUAUGUGAAUAUUGUAGCAGGGCUUGUGCAAAACCAAGUGUUCUCCUAAAACACAUUCGCUCUCAUACUGGGGAACGCCCCUACCCUUGUGUGACUUGUGGAUUUUCAUUUAAAACAAAAAGUAACCUUUACAAACACAAAAAAUCUCAUGCGCAUGCAAUUAAACUAGGACUUGGCCUGCGGACUGAUUCCAGUGGGGUGCUACUUUCUCAUGAUUCAGAAAAAGCACUUUGUAUUCAUUCAGAUGUAGAUGAAAGCGGGGAAAGUGAUGAUGAGUAUAUCUCUGAAGAAAGGCAAGAGGACCAAAAUGUUCCAGAAAGUGUGUUUAGUAAAAGGCCAGACGAUUCUGAAAGGGUGCCACAAAAAGAAAGCAAAAUAAACUUAAAUAGCCAAGUACCAGUAUCACAAAAUAACUCUCUGCGAGGAAAAUGUGUAGAAGCAAGAUUGACUGAAUUACCUAAAGUUGUUGUUUACCCAGUAAGUACUUCUCCAUUAAGGGCAGAUAGCCCCAAAGUGUUAGAGUCUGUCAAUGAACAUCUUGUAGCACAAAUUCCAGAACUAAAUACCCAAAAGAAGACUCAGCACGUGUUGCCAGUUUGUUCUUUAAGUGAAAUGGAACAGUCAUCCUAUAAGAAUUGUGAACUUCCUGAGAUUGACGAAACACAACAAGUAUAUACUGCAACGUCUCAUGCACAGCUACAGCGACAGCAAGCUACAGACUAUUCCCAAGAACAACCUAAAUGUCUUUUAAGCCCUAGAAGCUUAGGAAGUACAGACUCUGGUUAUUUUUCGCGUUCAGAGAGUGUAGAUCAAGCAAUGAGUCCACCAACUCCUUUCCUAAAACUUCUACCCUCAUCUGAAAAAGACUUUUCUAAGAAUCUGAGCUCAGUUACACAGAUGAAUGCCUCAGUAAUACCUUUUGUACAACAAAUAUAUGUUGACAAACCAACAAUUAUUACAGGUGCAAUGAGACCUCCCUUGGGAACCAAAACAUUAGAGGAACGUAUUUCCAAAUUAAUAUCAGACAAUGAAGCUGUAGUGGAUGACAAACAGUUAGACAGUGUCAAACCAAGACGAACCUCUCUUUCCAGAAGAGGCAGUAUAGACUCGCCAAAGUCCUACAUAUUUAAAGAUUCCUUUCAGUUUGAUUUAAAACCUGUUGGUAGGCGCACUAGCUCAAGUUCAGACAUACCAAAGUCCCCAUUCACCCCAACUGAUAAGUCAAAGCAAGUUUUUUUUCUUUCUGUUCCUUCUCAGUUUACUUCAAUGGAUUGUUUACCAAUAACCAGGAGUAAUUCAAUGCCCACAACAGGUUAUUCAGCAGUUCCACCAGUUAUGCCAUCUUCUCAUCCUCUUCGAGGAAGUCACUCAUUUGAUGAAAAAAUAAGUUCCCUUUGUGAUGAUGUAUUUGUAUCAGGACCUUCCAUUCCUCAGCAUGUUGCUCAUCCUCGCACACUGGUAAGACAGGCUGCUGUUGAAGACUCCACCGCUACAGAACAUUUUGGUCUCGGACCAGCAAUAUCAGUGGAUGAAAAUUAUCCUGGAAGUAAAAUAUCAUCAGAGGUUUUGCUUCCAAGAAGUAAAUCUUUUGUACAGGGAUCCAGUGUGGAUAGGAUUAAAAAAGCACAUCAUGGCAGGGGAACAAUGUUUGAAUGUGAAACUUGUAGAAAUAGAUACAGAAAAUUAGAAAAUUUUGAAAAUCAUAAAAAAUUCUACUGUUCGGAAUUACAUGGACCAAAGAGUAAGACAGUGGGUCGGGAACCAGAGCACAGCACAUCUAUGAACAUUUCUCAGCCUCAAAUUUUUCACUAUAGAGUUGCUGCUUCUACUGGGACAUUAGAACAGCCAUUACUGAUAAGAAAAAGGAGGAAGAUGAAAAGUGUAGGUGAUGAUGACGAAUCUCAGCAAAGUGAUUCUAUCACUGCUCCGGAAAAUAUGGAAGUUCUGAAGAAUACAAGAAGUGCAAAUAAUUCAUCCACGAUCACAAUUUUGGGAUCACAGUCAUGCUCUGUUUCAACUGUGAGUCCUCAAAUACAUUUGGUAGCAAGGAAUUCAGACUCUAACAGUGAAAUCAAACUUUCUACAUUAGAAAAAAAUAAAAAUAUUGUUUCCCAAGAAAGAGUAGAAGUGAAAUGUCAAGGAACAGGAAUAUCUGUUAUUCAGCACACAAACUCAUUGAGUAAACCCAGUUCUUUUGAAAAAAUAGACUCAGUUGAAAGAAAUUCACCUGCCCCAUUAGAUGAACCACAGAAAAGUUCACCUCUUUCCAUGAAUGCAGCUGUUGGCAGUCAUGAAGAAACAAUUGCUUGCACUCGACAGAACUCCCCUACUAGGUCCAUUGAUAUUCCCCGGUCUGAGGUUCAUGAUAGCCAUCGAGGUGUUUCUACAGAAAAAACAGUAUUAGUUACACAAUCCCGUCUAGUACGUCAAUAUAAUAUUCAGGUUCCAGAAAUUUUGGUUACCGAAGAACCAGAUAAAGAUCCAGAAAUCCAAACAAAUGACCAAGAAACACAUGAAAAAUUUAGCUGGCCUCAGCGCAGUGGCAGUCUUUCUAAUUUACCAACAGAAAAACUUCCUCCAAAAAAGAAACGAAUCCGGUUAGCUGAUCUAGAACAGUCAUCUGCUGAAUCAAGCUUUGAUUCUACUAUCUCAAGGAGCUUGAGUCGAGAGAGCAGCUUAUCUCGUGCAUCAAGUUUUUCAGCUUCUUUUGACAAAGAGGAACCUUUGAAAUCAGAUAGUUUCACAAAAACUGAUGGGGUGACCAAAUCAUCUGAGUUUCUUACAAUACCAACCAGCCUAAAUACCUUUGGUGUCCCAAGGGAAAUGAGACGUUCUGCAUCAGAGCAGAUAAACUGCACACAACCAUCUAUGGAAGUUAUUGAGUACAGAAGUAAGUCUUUUGAUUGUGGAAGUAUGUCUCGGUCAAGAUCUAUGUCACCAACUAAUUCAGUAACGUCUAAAUUUCAGUCAAGUAUGUUAAGUAGUUCCCAUGUGCCUCUGUUAGAAAGGAGGAGAGGCCCUUUAGUAAAACAGAUAUCUUUAAAUAUUGGUCAGGAAAGCCCAGUUUCUACAGUUAAAUCAAAAAAUCUCAAUCUUCAACCUGAAAAAGGCAUUUUAUCUCAAGUGCAUGCAGCAGAGCCAAGCUUGACUGCAAAGCUUUCAUGUGCCCCACCUAUUCAGCAUUCAUUAUGCUCUAGCUCACUUAAUAGCUCUCACACAUUAUUACUAAAUCAGGAUUUUAUUUCUUGUGUACAAAGUAGUUCAGAAGGAGAAAAAGAAAUAAAUGUGCUUUCAAAGGAGACCGAGAGCAAACUGUUCUAUGCUCCAAAAUAUCAACUAAAGAUCCAAAAAACACAAGAAAGCAAACUUUCUACAUCCAAAUAUAACAUUAGAACUGCUUCUGACAAUAUUUAUGAAGUUCAUAGUAGUGUAUGUUGGAGUACAAUAUCUGAUAUUAAAGAUGCUGUAUCUAAUGUUUGCACACUUCAACAAACUAAAAGUUGCGGUAAAAUUCUAAAAACAAUGCCAGUGGUUGUGCCAGUUCAUAACUAUUCUAAUUCUUCAUAUUGUGGAUAUUCUGAAUUACUGCCAGAGAUUUUAGUGACCCAGGAUAAGGGGCACAAAAUGACUUCUGAAGCAAAUUCCGUGCCUGUGCCAAAUCCUAAAGACUGCGUCAUAAUGCCAAAAUGUCCGGAUUCAGUGGAACUCAGUGGACCUCUUACAGUUGCACACAAAACUUGCACUUAUGAAAACAGUGUUCAGGAAUCCGCUCGAUCAGUAGUGCCAGUUUCUGGUCUUCUUACUCAACAAGAGACCUCUGCCUCUAGCAAGAGAAUGCUCUCACCAGCAAAUAGUUUAGAUAUUGCCAUGGAAAAACACCAAAAACGUGUUAAAGAUGAAAGUGGGGCAGCGUUUAAUUCAAGUAAUCAAAUGAAUUUGACUAUGAAAAUUGGUGAGUCUGUUAAGCAAAGGAAACCAAUGCUUGUGAGACAGCUUUGCACAACUGAUCCAGGUGAAAGUUUAGAUCAGGAACCUGCUCCUGCACCUGAAAAUAACAAGAAGUUAAAUAGCUGCUUGGAUAUACAGUUAAGUCGCUUGAAUUCUGCUGGAAAAUCUAUAAAUAUAUUUGACAAAUCAGAAGAGGUUGUAGAAGCUGAAAAAAACAAAUUGAUAGAGUCAUCAUGCUCUGCAGUUAGUUUGCCAGAAUAUUCUACAGUAAAUACUCAGGCGGGUGCACUGAACUCUCUAUAUACUAGUCAAGAGAGGAGAUCACCUCUUGCUACAAAGACAGUUCAUAUUCAAGGCCAAGUAAAACUAGGUGCAGCAAUAUCAGUAGUUAACGCAGGAGACAUGCACAGACUUUCAUUUCCAAGCCUCAAGACCUCAACAAGUUUUACCUGGUGUUAUCUUUUAAAACGGAAACCAAUACACCUUCCUCAGAAUGACCAAAAGAUUUCUGCCUAUGCUUCUUGGAGCAUCAGUUUGAACAAUCCCAAUCCUAUGGGUUUACCUACCAAAGUGGCACUUUCACUUCUGAAUUCUAAACAGAAGUCUGAAAAAUUCACCUUUACUUUAGUGAAAACCUCUCAUCCAAAGCAGGAUAUUCUUGUGUAUUCAAGCAAAUGGAAAUAUAGUACAAAAAAGACAUCUGAAAGUCAACAACAUCACCUUAAAAUUUCUGACUCAAGUACUGAACAAGAUAAAGAAUCCUUUCAAAAUAAAAAUGAGCCAAGAAGAGUCAAAAUAUUUGAUGGCGGAUUCAAAUCAAAUGAAGAGUAUGUGUACAUCCGUGGACGAGGAAGAGGGAAGUAUAUAUGUGAAGAAUGCGGAAUAAGAUGUAAGAAGCCCAGCAUGCUGAAGAAACACAUACGUACACACACUGAUGUUCGUCCCUACCACUGCACCUACUGUAAUUUCUCUUUCAAGACAAAAGGCAAUCUGACAAAGCAUAUGAAGUCUAAGGCCCACAGCAAAAAGUGUUUGGAUAUGGGUGUUGCAGUUGGUCCUGUAGAUGAUCAAGAUACAGAUGACUCAGGUGAAAGGCAAAGGUACACUGGGGAGAGAACAGGAUUUGAUGCAGAUGAUUCAGAUGGAGGAGACGAUGAUGAUAACGAGGAUGAAGAUGAAGACAGUCAAGCAGAGUCUGGUCUUUCGGCCACUCCAUCUGUCACUGCUAGCCCACAACAUUAUCCCUUUCGAAACAGCCAGCAAGAUGCUUGUAAUGCUGAUGAAGAUCUACGAGUGCCACAUUGUUUUUCCCAGUCCAAUUCCAUGGACAGUCUUCCCAAAGCUUUAAUAACCAGAAUGACCGCAAUGACAACUUCCACUAUCUGCAGGCCAGAGAACUACGAGGAGAGGAGCAAAGUGGAUUUUCCACAGGAGACUACAGGUCCACCCAAAGAUGUGUCCUCUCCAAAAUCUUUAUGUCAUCAAAUGUCUGUGGAUUAUCCAGAAGCAGAGAGCCUGGGAGCCACAAAAUCUGUGCAUGUACACCGUGAAAACUCUUCUGUGAAUAUACCUUCUUCUCCAGUAGACCGAAGUACACAGACCAUGGAUUCUUGUAUAGACACCACAGACAGUAAUGUUCACCAGCAUAAAACAACGGAGUCCGCUCGGCAGCCUUCCUCAGUGGAACCUCCUCAUACACAUCUUUUUAGCCACUUACCUUUGCAUUCGCAACAGCCAACAAGAUCACCCUACAGCAUGAUUCCAGUAGGGGGAAUUCAACUUGUUCCUGCUGGUUUAGCAGCAUACUCCACAUUUGUACCAUUUCAGGCUGCUCCAGUGCAGCUUACCAUACCUGCAAUGGGAGUUAUUCAUAGAACUUCAACUGCUGUGGGAGAUAAGGCUGCAGAGGUACCCAACACCCCAAAUCCUAUAGGGGUGGCUGAAGUAAACGGUGUUGUACCAUGCAUUCCAAUAGGUCAGGUUAACAUGUCUGGUCUAAGUGCUUCCGGUUUACAGUCCCUUCAGCCAUUAAAUGUGGAAACACUAAGCAUAUUAGGUCUUUCUAAUACAAAUGUAGCUCCACAGAUUCACCCUUCUGGGCUCACUCUAAAUACAGUCGGCUUGCAGGUUUUGACUGCAAGUCCAGCUCCCCAAAGCAACCCUAGCCCACAGACUCACAUCCCUGGCCUCCAGAUACUAAACAUAGCUCUGCCAACUUUAUUCCCAUCUAUUAGCCCAAUUACAGUUGAGAGCCAAGGAGUCUUCGAUCAGUCAUCUACAUGUAGCCCAGCAGCUGGGAAGGAUUCUGCCAAAUUUACUGCGGCAGACACAAAAAAUAUGAAACAGACUGAACCCCCACAAGGUUUUUCGGGGGUGCAAGAAUGCCAUCAGAUAGCACGUGAUUUGUCAGUCACAGAUGAGAAGCCUCCAGUUUGUUGUUUGGCUGCUGACAGAGGACCUCAGUCAAAACAAUGUUCGAACAUCAGCUUCAGUCAAAUAAGAAUCUCUUCAUCAGCAGAUCUGUAUAUAAAGGCUAAUUCUGACAGUGCCAACAAGCCUCCUGUUAGUCACACUCUUCCUCUCUUAAGGCAUCAGAGAAGAACAGAAGUGAUCUCCAGGCAGAGCACUGUGCUGUUUAGUGAUUCCAGCAGUGAUGAUGAUGAGGACAGGCUGGUUAUAGCAACCUAAAUACUCUUACCGGUUUUUGCUAAGGUCUUGUAACUAAUUUGGAGUGGGAGUGGCACAAAGAGACACUUAAAGGUUUAUUUAAAAAAAAAAAAAAAUGACUUUAUCUUUAAAGCACAUUCUUUCUUAAACAUUACUCGUGCAAUCAUAAACUCUAGACCAACAAUUAUUUUUUUUUUUAUAUUUUAUUGUCUUCUAUUGCCAUUUUUUUGUAAAUGUUGUAUAGACAAUUGUGCCUUCGGAGUUUUAUGUGUAGAAAUCUGUACAUAUUAGUGAAUAAAAAAAGAAUAUAUAUAUAUAAAUAUAUAAAUAUGUCAUGUACAUAACCAAGGUAGUUGCUUGUGUUCAGUACGUAAAUAUCUCAUGUUGCGUUAAAAUAUUAAAUUAUAAAUCACUUAUGUAUAUGUUGCACUGUUAAAUGUCAUUUUUUUAUGGAUGUGGGGCAACUUACUGUGUACAAAUCUUCUAUGUAAAACUCCAUAUUUAUUGUGUCCAUAUUAGUCUUGGAAAUGGUCCUGUCCAACUUUGUGUGCAAGAAGGUAGCUUUACACUUAAAACAGAAUUUCUGUGUUAACAAAUGUUCCAGUAAAUUUUUUAUUACUGACUUUA